AAGCUCGGUUUAAGUUUCAGUUAGGAUUCGAUUUUGGUUUACGACGGAUAGAAAAUAGGGUUUAAGCACUCCUUUCCUUAAUUUCUUCGUCUCCCUCCUCACUCCCUCCUAAAACCCUCUCCGAGAGUUCUAUUCACUUCUCCGACCAUCAUGAAAUUGCGACCACUACCGUCAAAGUCCCUUCUCUUCCGUCUCUUCUCUUCCUCCACCGCUCUAUACCCCCGUCGAUCCAUCGCCCUCUCUAAUUCAUUUUCCACCGCCGCCACUAGCUCCGCCUCCAGCCUCUCUUCUUCUUCUUCCUCCUCCUCUCGGCGUCACCACCACGACGAAGACUCCCGAUCCGUCAGAGUCGCCGUGUGGUGGGACUUGGACAAAUGCAACCUCCCGGCGACCGCCAACGUCUUCAAGCUAGCUCACUCCAUCACCGGAGCUAUCAGAAACAGCGGAAUCAAAGGUCCGAUCUCAAUCACGGCCUUCGGAGACGUCCUCAACCUCCCUAGAUCGAACCAAGAAGCUCUCUCCUCCACCGGAAUCUCUCUAACUCACGUCCCUCAAGGUGGGAAGAACAGUGCGGAUAGGUCUCUGAUUACAGAUCUCAUGUGUUGGGUUUCUCAGAAUCCACCUCCAGCUCACGUCUUUCUUAUCUCCAACGACGAAGGGUUUGCUAGCGUGUUGCACAGGUUGAGGAUGAGUAACUACAACGUUUUGCUUUCGAGUAAGUCCUCCUCAUCUGCUCCUCCUCCUCCUGGUGUUCUUUGUAGCGCUGCUUCGAUUAUGUGGGACUGGGAAGGUUUGGUUAGAGGAGAUGGCGUUGUUACUGCUAAGUACUUUAACCAGCCUCCUGAUGGUCCUUAUAACUCUUGGUAUGGUCACUAUAGGGUUCCUCUUCUUGACCCUUUUGCAACUACUACUGAAGAAGUAGUAUCUGAGUUUAGUUCGAGUUCUGUUAAGGCUCGUCUUGUCCCGAGAGAAGAGGUUGUUGAUAAGAUUCGUAUGGUGUUGAGCUUGUUUCCUCCCUCCAAGGGGUUGUCUGUUUCUGAACUGCGUGCUGAGCUGAUUAAGAGUAAUGUGGCGUUGGAUAAAGAGUUCUAUGGGUAUAAGUCUUUUCCUCGGUUUCUGCAGUCCAUGCCUGAUGUCUUUCAGGUUAGUAGAGGUAGUGAUGGUUUGUUUGUUGUUCGUGGUGUUGGCGCUGAGAAGGCGAUGAUUCCUAAGCGGGUUGAAUCAAGUCCUGGCUUGGUUACUGCCGUUGAUGAGAAGGUUACAGAGAAGGUGUCUGCUAAUAAUGCUUCAACUACAAAAGUGAUGAAUGAUUUCGAGCUUGCUGCUGAAAGGAAAGGAAGAGAUGUCUCAUUUGGAAAGAAGCAGGAGAAUGAUAAAAAUAAUGUCGAAGAGAAAGCGCCAGAGAGUUCUCAAGAGUCUAUUCUGGUCAGACAGAAGGAGGACGGUAAGGCAGAUGACAAAGCUGCGGGAAGUGAAGAUUCCAUGGAAGAUGGCUUUUUUCAGAAGCUGAAAAGACUAUGGUCUGUUUCACCAGAGAUGGAAUCAGAGCAUCUCUCAGAAAAUAAAAAUGCUUCUGGAAGUGGUGACACGGACGAAGGGGUUGUUAAUGAUGUCAAGGCUGAGGAUAAGAAAGACUUAAAAUCAUCGAGUCAGGGAACUGAUUCCAUGUCCCAAAUCUCCCCUUCUUUUGCCGGUGAAUCUCCUGCUGAGGGUGUGAAAACAGGAACUGAUGAAGCAGGCAAUAGUGUUAAAAAUACAAGUCCAGGCUUUUUCAGUCAGCUUCUGAAGAGUUUCAAGUUCUGGGAAAGAAACAAUGACUCGAGUGAGACUCAGGAGCUGGUCCAAGUACAUGACAUUUUCGCAAACGAGUCUUCCUGGGAUGAUGUUGAAUCUUUUAUUAAUUCUCCAAGAGGCUACAUUGUUGUUUCUCACUCAAGGACAAGGGAAAUGAUAGCUAAAAAUCUGCAGAGGGAAGGGCCUUCGUGCCUUAAACAGCUCGACGAGUCAAGCAUGCUUCAUUUAGUUACCUUGUUAAUAUCACACAAGAAAUGGAUUGAAGAAAACCCCUCUUCUUCCCCACCAUUCAGCGUAACCAAACCCUCUUCUAGCACUAGCCACGGUCAUGCUUCUUCCUCGAUAUUCUCUGAUCGUGCAAAACCACAAGACGGUGGUGAGAAAAAGUUCAAGAACGUUGCUCAUGCUGGAGUUUCCGUUGGUUACAAGAGCAACGCUCUCGCUGAUUGUCAGAAGCUGAUAAAGAAGAUGACAGAGAAGAGCCCUGAAGGUUACAGCUUGAUUCGUUUCAGGAAAGACUUCUUGGAGGAGUACGGGUACCAUUUAGCCGUUGAGAAGCUCGGUUACAAGAACCUACAGUCGCUGAUACAAGUGAUGCCUGGAGUGAAGAUAUCAUCCGGAUACGUUUUUCCUUCCACAAGUGGUGGUAAUAAGUCUACUAAAGAAGAUGAGUCAGACUCGUCGUUCGAGGAGCUAGGUCCGGUUUCUGAAGCAACGAGUAACCACCAGACGAUGAUGACCAGAAAGGUUCCAGUGUAUGAACCAUCUCUCUCAGAGGAUGAAGAUUCUGGUUCGGAGAGAGACACCCCGAAGAAGAAGAAGAAGGAGGUGAUGAUGAUGAGUGAAAAUGAUAAAGAUAGCUCGUUAUUGCAGAUUCUGGAUUCUUAUUACAAAACCAGUGGGGAGGUUAAGAUGGAGCAACCAGUGGAGAGAAAGGUUGUGAACAACGUUAGGAAGCCAAAGCCUUCGAAGACUUAUUCUUUUGUUAAAGAUUCAGAAGUUCAGUGACUACAAGUGUGUUUGUAGUGAAGAAUCUCCCGGGAAGUUUAGUUUUGUCUAGUUUUGUGGAAGCCGGUUUGAUGUUUGGUAUAUGGUAAACCGAACCCUGUUAAGGUGAAAUAAGGUCAGAUUGAUUCAAACAUUAAAGUGUAAUUUAGUGUCCCUGAAGAUUCCAUUACCUAAUAGUAAUACACAGUUGCUUGCAUUAA